CUUCUUGUUUCAGUAUUUAGGGAUAUUUUAUUGUUCAAGCUCGAUAGGGAAGCAGAUAAAAAUUCUACCAAGUACACCCCGAUAGCGUGUGUUUACACCAACUUGUGUAGUCCAUUCUUCGGAUUUCCUUGGUAACCCUUUCUUCAUGUCUUUUCUAAGGAUGGCACACCGCCUGACAUCCCAUCACCGGGCUCUGUACUCUCCGCAAUAUUACUCAGGGACAUGUGCUCACAUCACCACAACAUCAGUUUACCGUGCACCCUUUGACAUCAAGGAUGAGGAAGACUUCAAUAAAAGAGUCCUCCAGGCAACUAAGCCUACUGUUGUGGACUUUCACGCAAACUGGUGUAAUCCCUGCAAAGUGCUUACUCCAAGGCUGGAUGCAAUUAUUGCUGAACAGGAUGGGAAAGUAGAUCUUGCCAAGGUAGAUAUUGAUGUCAUGGGAGAGCUGGCAUUUAAUUUUGGGGUUAAUGCAGUGCCUACAGUGAUAGGCAUGAAAGGCGGCAAAGUUAUCAAUAAGUUUGAAGGAGUUGUUGAGCCACCACAAAUAAGACACUUCAUAGAACAGCUUACCAAAGCUUAAUAAAAAAAAAACAUGUACAGCAUUUUGAUAUAAUUGUUUAUAAGAGUUUUUUCAUGUUUCUAUAAGGAGAGGUCACAGAAACUGUUCAGAGCCCAAGGGGGGACUCCAAUAAAAUAGAUGGGGGUGAUCGUCGGCAAAAUCAGUUUUAACCCUAAGGGAUGCGUUUUGGGUGUGUUCAACAUAAAUUCUUACCCAUAAGAGAUUGCAAAUUGGGUGUGGUUGAAGGAAGUUUUAACCCUAAGAGAUAGCAGAAUCGGAAAAACCGUUUAACAGCCCUCAGGAAUAGCAGUUGAUUAAAUUUUAUACCCUAAGAGAUAGCAGAAUUAAAAAAAAAUCCUUCAACAUCCCCUAAAGGACAGGAGUAGGUUGAAAUUUCUUUACCCUAAAAGAUAGGAUGAUCACCCCAGUCUACUUUUCUGGCCUCCCCCAGGGUUCAAAAGGUCGUGGAUAAAGUGCAAGGGAAAAUAUCUGUAUGUUAAUUAAUUCAGAUGAUUCUUGUGACAGGCUUAUUAUUUCAUUUUUGUAAAAAUAAUAAAACACAGGGGCAUCUCAA